ACAAGUCAAUAUUAUUUUUCACACCUGAUUGAAGCUAAAUAAAAGGGUUUUGGCGGGGCUGUGCGAAUUGGCAGGUGCUGAACUACUGCCCGAAGGACAUGAAGGCGGACAUCUGCGUGCACCUGAACCGGAAGGUGUUCAACGAGCACCCGGCGUUCCGGCUGGCGAGCGACGGCUGCCUUCGGGCGCUGGCCAUGCACUUCCACAUGUCGCACUCGGCGCCCGGGGAUCUGCUGUACCACACCGGCGAGUCUAUAGACUCGCUGUGCUUCAUUGUCACGGGCAGCCUCGAGGUCAUACAGGAUGAUGAGGUCGUGGCUAUCCUAGGCAAGGGUGACGUGUUCGGCGACUCGUUUUGGAAGGACAGUGCAGUGGGUCAGUCGGCGGCCAACGUCCGCGCGCUAACUUACUGCGACCUGCACACCAUCAAGCGCGACCGGCUGCUGGAGGUGCUGGACUUCUACCAGGCCUUUGCGAACAGCUUCGCGAGGAACCUGACACUGACAUACAAUCUGCGGCAUCGACUUAUUUUCCGCAAGGUGGCGGACGUGCGUCGUGAGCGCGAGUUGAUGGAGCGACGCAAACGCGAGCCCCAACUCGAGCAAGCACAGGACCACCUGGUGCGCAAGAUAUUUUCGCGCUUCCGCCGCGAGCGCAGCGUGGCCGCCGCGCCCGCGCCGCGGCCGUCACUCGCGCCGGCACCGUCUAGUGACGCCGAGCGCGGCGAGCCGGCCACCGCGCCGACAGCCACGCCGGCGCCCGCCGCCGCCGCUGCUCGAGGCAAAUGGGGCCGCCUGCUCGCUGGCGGCUCUUUAGAUGCGGGCGACGCGCCACGCGCCGCGUUCACGCGUAGCCUUAGCGCGCGCGACCGGCCUUCGCUCGCCGCGGCCGCCGCCGCUGCUGCUGCUCCUACACCAGCGACGACAACUGUCGCCGCUACGACUGCUCCCGUUACUACCCUAUCCUUUAAAGCGACGUUUGCAAAGGCGCGAUCGGCGAGCGCGCUCAGUGCCUUAGGCGGCAGCGCCGGCAGCGGGCGGCAGGACACGAUCGAGGAGGAGCUGGAGGAGCGCAAGCCCGCGUCCGCCCCGGCCCCUGCGCCCGCCCCCGCCCCCGCGCCUACGGCGGCGGCCACGGCGGCGGCGGCGUCGGCGCACGAGGCCGCGCUGGCGGAGUUGCGCCGCGAUGUGCGGACGGAGGUGCAACGGUUACAGCAGAAGUUGGGUCGUGUGGAGGAGCUGCUCACGGCGUUAGCGACGCGGCUAGGCGCCGACGCGGGCGACGGCGAGGAACCGCGCCCGCCCGCCGACACCGCCGCGAGGAAACGGAGGUCUAAGGCGCGGAGCAAGGGCGCAGCGCCAGCAAUCCCGACGCCGACGACCCCGGGCUCGGCGCCGGGCAGCCCGCCGGGCGCGGGCUCGGCGUCGGCUUCGGCGGCGGCGUCAGCGUCUGCGGCGGCGUCUGCGGCGGCGUCGGCGUCUGCGGCAGCGUCGGCGUCUGCGGCGGCUUCGGCGGCGGCGCGCCGGCGCGACUUCGUGUAGCGCGCGGCGGCGCCCGGCUCCGAUGUCCGCCGGGCGCCCCGAGACCCUGAAACUCCUUUGUAAAAUAUCUCGUGAUUUGACUGUUAGUGCGUCGCGCGCCGAUACGAUAUCAGACGUAUCGGAACAGAAAAUUUAUUUAAUUAUUUGCUUUUCACUUUGCCCGAUAUCGAUACGGCAAUCAUGACGGAGCUCUGGCAGUAAAAUUUGUUUGGGGCGCGAAAUCACAGCGCGUAUCCCGUGAUCUUAAAUAGUUAUAGUGCUGGAUAUUCCCAGCUGUUACCAAUUCACUCAUUCAUUCUUUUGUGGUAACUACUUACCUACCGGGUUUUUUCUUACAUAUUCCCAGUGGAGAAAAAAUCCCAGUUUUUACCACUGGUAACAACUUGGUAAUGACAUCUGGGAAUCAGCCGUAGACAUAGUUGGUUAAUUACCUAUAGUGCAGAGUUACACUUGUUUUAAAGUUAGUCCGAUAAUAUCGAAAGUUUGUAGAAUUUUAUUAAACGAUGCCAGCUACAGCUUCGAUAAGUCCAACCGUAUGGUAUCGUUUAAUGUGAAAAGGCUCUUUAAGUUAGGAACUGUCCGCCCGCCGCGCGCCGUCGGGGCGGGCUUGAGCUUGAACCGCGGAAUUCGAAUUCCGAAAUUACGAUAUCUACAUUUAUAUCACUCGAGUAAUAAUUUGAUCGCUAAGCGCCGAAUGCAAAGUUUAUGUCCUUGACUAAACACCUAAGUACUAUACGAAAUUUGAUAAAAUGUUAAGGUUGGAACUUCGAAUGUAAGACAGCCGCUUUCGGAAAAAUCUGUGCUUGUGCAAUUUGUGAGAUAACAGAUACUAGGUUGUCAAUAGCGGAACCCGGGCUCCUUAGCAUGCAACCGGGAAAGCAAUAAGCUAGGGAGCAGUAAAACCAGACAUAUGUAGAUCCAUAGGUAUUUGCCAAUAUACCUACGGUAAAGUAAAUUGAAUAGGCUUUAGGCAUGUAAGGAAUUGAGCAAUAAUAACUAAGAGUAAUAUCAUAAUAUUAGUGUUUUAUAAAUAUCUAAUUAGUAAAUAUAUUUGAUGUAUGUCGACUUCAAGUCAGUCAAACCCUUAUGAGCUCGAGAGAAAUGGAGAUAUCGUAUGUUCGGGCGUCGAUAUCGCGGUCUCGCUCCUGCAUUAGUGCGGCGCCACCGCGCCUGCCGCUUGCCGCCUUAGUCGCCGGCUGAUAUUAUAGACUAGGAUAUUGUUGACAUUCUAAGAGUUUGUAUAAAGUUAUUAUAAGUGACGACUAUUAGACACACGUUUUAAAGCUCCCCACGUUUAUUUCCACCUCUUUUAUCUAUAGUACACGACCGACCAAGACUUUUGUAUUACGACGGCAUCAUCUAAUCUGUACGAGGCUACAUUUUAUACACGCUUGGAGAAUAUUUUAUUGUUACACUUACGAAUGAAAGAAUUAAGUAGAGAUAUGUUAGCCGCGCCGGCCGCGGCCGCUCCUGCUGUUCGUCGAUAUUUCGCCUUUUCAACAGUUAACUGUACCUAACAAUCAGGUAAACGCAUUUCACAAAGCUGCAAACUAAAAUUUUAUGAGUAACUUAAAUCGGCAUUACCUACUGAUAACGAUAUUGGUAAAAUAAGUAUCUCUGCAAUGGUUAAUCCCCAGUGAAACUCUUCAGUAUUGCCACUUUAGGUUUGUAAAAUUGACCACAUUUGUCCUUGGUAUUAACUAAAUGAGGAAGGCAACUGUCAAUUAGAUUGUCUAUGGUAUCUCCGAAUUCCCUACACAAAAAAGAUCACCGUCGACGAUAAUCCCUUUUUGUGUAGGAUCUUGAAGCGCCAUCAACAAUUAGUUUUUCCGGCCUUCCGCAAUAUAAUGCCAUCAUCAAUGGCAAAUUGGUUAAAUAUGGUGUCAUCAGCAAGAGUUGGCGCGAAACCCGGCGCGGCGUGUUAGUGGUCUUGUUAAUGUUUGUAAAGUUUAUCGCUACGCGCGUCCCACCGCCGGCCCCGGCCCGGUCCGGUGACACAUUUACACUAGGUCGAUUGCCGCAUUCGACAGUGUUAAAGCAUAGCUGCACUCUGUGUAAACGUGCUUUUACAUAGGGCUGCCAAAUGAUAAGCAUGUAUGAUUUCCCCGAAAUUCGUAUCACUUAAAAUAUUGUUGGGAGGAUUUUAUACCUAAUACAGAAUUUGAAAUCCUCCCAACUUCUUAAAUUUUGAGACAGAUAUUUACUACAUUUUUUCCUCACGCGAAAUCACAUUUUGAUUUCGUCCAGAUAUUUGUUCUCCGAUUGGCAACCCUUUAAACUAACCUUCGGUCAUACUGAUUCCAGCGUUUCAUCCGUCAUCACUUGCAACUAUUUUUUCUGCAAGAUGUUGAAGAAGAGACGGUUUAUAAUCGCCUAUCGGUAUGUGGUCCCGAACGUCCCGGCGCCCGGAGCCGACGCAGGCCGUGCGGCACUCGGAGCGUGCGCUCCCCUAUCAGAGACGACUUAAUAAUACAGACUACCAAUCUUCAAGUGGAAACCGAGUUCAUCUUGAAGCAGAAAUAGCAAUUGUACAUAAUAUUUCUAACUGAGAUCUCACGAGAACGGCGCCAUCUAGGUAAAAGACACUUGACUCGACGGAGGCACGAGGAGGGGGAGGGGAGGGUCCUUCAAAUGUCUUAAAAUUUCAACGUACUGCCAAUAGAUCGGGAAUAGCCAUUCUAACUCUACUAAGUUGUCAAUUAUCAGAACAUUGGAAGUAGGUCUGGAAUUGCUAUCUUGCAUUUAUUAGCAACUACGUAGCUCGAUUAGUUAUGGAGAGCAAGUUUCCCUCGGGAUCAAGGGUCUCCGCCCAUCUAAAACCACCUUAGUAACAUCUACUUUGUUACUGACGAUGAUGGUUUUUUAUACGUUCUAUUUUCUACCUUAUAGUGUUAAAAUAGUUAUAGAAUGUAUUCAAUUUGUGUUAUGAGUACAAAAUCUAAUGCAUAAAACCACCUGUAAAACAAACUAGAUGCAACAUACCCGUUUUUCGAUUGAACAUACCUACGCUUGAAUAAAUCAGUCUAUAUUAUUUAGUCGUCUGUGUCUAUCAUGCAUGACGUCACAUUCGGAAGGCAAACCACUACGUUUCUCGCCUCGCUAAGCCACUGCUACUUAUGAUCUUUUUUAUUAAAAUAUAUCAAAAAGA